CAGUCGCAGUUAGCAUUAUUCAGCCAACGGAGCCUCACACACAGGUGUAGCGAGUGCAAGCUUUGGUCUGAACCCCAAAAUAAUAAUCAUCCAACCCAACCAACCAAUCAAUCUACUUCAGUUAAGCCAAUAGACCAAAUAAGGAUUACAUGGAUUACCAAAAUUUGUUAUAAAGUGAACUAUUGCAAUUUUGUGUGUGUACGCGUGUGUGGAAAACAAAGAAAACACAUCUUUCAUUUUAAGCUAUAUCUCACAAAUUCAAUAGCCAAGAAUAAAAAAAGAACCGUUAAAUAAAAUAAUAUAAAAAAGUCGUCAAAGUGCUAAAGUGCCCAAUAAGAAGCUUAAAACCAAAAAACUUGAAUAUUCAAGAGACAAUCAUCAUGUGGAAAUUCAGUGUUUUACUAAUAUGCCUAAGUGGAUAUUGUCUGGCAGGUCCAGUGGGUCUGAAGAAGAACAUACCCAUUGGCCUACAGCAAAGAGCCAAUGAUGCUAACACAGAAAAUAACGUCAUGGCGGCGGAAGCAGAAAGUCCAGCUGACAUGUCGCUGUUGUCUACCUUGACACUGCCCAGCAAUGCCACCUCCAUUAGGGCUGAUAUCACUGACAACUUCUCUUGUGAGAACAAGCCAUAUGGUUAUUAUGCCGAUGUUGAGAAUGAUUGCCAAAUCUUCCAUGUAUGCUUGCCUGUUACUUAUGCCGAUGGUAAGGAGAAUACAUUCCGUUGGAGUUUUAUCUGCCCUGAAGAGACCGUGUUCAGUCAGGACUCAUUCACGUGCAUGCGUCCAGAGGAUAUGGCCAUCUCUUGUGAGGAGUCCCUUAAUUAUUAUGAAUUGAAUCGUAACUUUGGUAUGGUUCAACCAGAAGCUGAAAAGGAAAACAAUGAAGUUGCCGAAGCUGAAACUCAACCCGAAAUCGCUGUCCAACCCGUUGUAAUCAUGCCUGAACCCGUGCAGGCCGUUGAACAACCCAUUAAAACCAACCGUCGUAAACCCGGUCUCUCUUUUGCCGCCCAAAAGAAACCUGCCUAUCCUUUGCGCAAAGUUCCUCAAACCCAACCAGAAAUGACUGCCAUUGCCACCGAGCAACAGGCUUCCGAAAACACUGAAAUUGCUCAGGAAGUACAAGAAGACGAAAUUAAACCAGUUGUGCAAAAAUUCAGCAGACGCCCAGUUCCGGUGAUGUCGAAUUCCUUCAAGGACAAAAUCCAAAAUGCCGGUAAGCCUGAAAACGUCAACUCCUUAAGGGCCGAUCUGUUCAAUCAAAAGCGUAAACGCCCAACAAUGUUUAACAAAAAACCCUUGGAAGAAGCUGCCGAUGAGGUCACGCUAGUUGAGGAUAAAGUAUCCGAACAGAGUUUUUCCCCCUUGGAAUCUGCAGUGCCAGUCACCAAUACUGAAACUCAAGUGGCCGAUGCUGAAAUUGAAGCCUCGCAAACCCAAGAAGUUUUCGUGAAGCCAGAGGAGCCCCAAGUAGAAUCUGAGAAACCUGUACAAGUUUUGGAAGCAUUUGAAGAAAUUCCCGCUGUCAUUGCUGAAGUAGAAGAACCCGCCCAAGUUGAAUCCGAAGCAGUAGCCAACAAUGAGGAUGAAGUUGUUGCUGAAGUUCCAGCUAUUGAACUCACCCAAAAUGAGGAAGAAGUUCAUGCCGAGGCUCCAGAAGAUAUCCAAGUGCAAGCUGAAGAAACCAAAUCAAACCAAGAUGAAAAGACUGAAGAUGAAACACCCGUUGUUCCUGAGCCAGAAGAAGAAGUUAAAACUGCCGACGAAACUGAUAAUGUUGCCCAAACUGAAGAGGAAGAACCUGCCCAAGAAAUCGCUGAAUCAAAUGCCGAAGAAGAAUCAAAAACCACACAAGAUUCUGCAGUUGAUGCUGAAGAACAGAAAUCAGCCGAAGAGCCCCAAAGUGCCGAAGAAACCCAAAGUGCGGAAGAAGUUGUACCCGUUGUGGUAGAAGAAGAAAUUCAAGCUGCUGAAGAUAUAAAACCUGCCCAAGAAAAUAUUAAUGCCGAAGAGGUUCAAACUUCUGAUGAAGUUGCUUCCGCGUCAGCCGAAACACAAGUCGCCGAAGAAGAUGUGCCCGUAGCUGAUAGCAAAGAUGAAGUAAAAUCUGCUGACGAGGAAGUGGCCGUGUCAUCGGAAACAGCUGAGGAAACUGUCGUUAAUGCUGAAGACGCAAAAUCAACUGAAGACGUUCAAACUGUUGAAGGUGAACAAGUAGCUGAUGAAAUCCAAACUGCCGAAGAGCCCCAAGCUGAAGAAGAGCCUCAAGCUGUCGAAGAGCCAAAAGCUGUGGAAGAGAUCCAACCUGCCGAAGAAGAUCAACCUGUCAAAGAAGCUCAAGCUGCCGAAGAAGUUCAAACGUCGGACGAAGUCCAGACUGCCGUUGAAACCCAAAAUUCGGAAGAAACUCAAACUGUCGACGAACUUCCCGUUGUUGCAAAUAUGGAACAAGCUGCCGCUGCAUCCGAAGAAACCCAAACAUCCGAAGAAGUCAAAUCUGUGCCAGAAAAUGUAAUUGUCGAGGAAGAUCAAGAAGCAGACGUAGCUCCCGUUGCUGAGGAGACACAAGCUGUGGAAACGGUUGCCGAAGAUGAAGUAAAAGAAUCUGAACCAACUGUUGUUAAAAGUGAAAAUAAUGAAGAACCACUUGCCAGUGAAGAAAACAGCCCAGCUCUAGAGCAAUCCGAAGUAGUUCCAGAAGAGGAAGUGGCUGAAGAAAUCAAACCAGUGAUCGAAAGUGAAACUCAAGAACUUCAAGCUGAAGCCGAAGAAGUGAAUCCAGUCCAAGAAGAAGAAGAGGCUCAGGACGUUCAUACACCGGAAAUUGUUGCAGAGGAAUCAUCUAUGCCCGAGGACGUAAAAUCCGAGGAAUCCGAAGCAUCACCUUUGAAAGAAAAUGUAAACGAAGAUGCCAAGAGUACCUUACCCGCCCAAGACAAACCCUCAGAACCUGCCAUUUUCGAAGAAAACUCGGAAGAAAUUGCUGCCGCUCCUGUUGCCCAGACUAUCGAGGAAAUGGAAGCUGAGAAACCUGUUGAAGCUCCAGAAUCUAUGCCAGCCACUGACGAAAUGACCGUACAAGAUCCCAUGGUCGAGCAAAUGUUGGAAGAAUCGAAUGCCGAUGAAACCAAGAAGCAAAGCAUUGGCGGUUUCAAACCUGUCGACCCAGCCAUGGCUGCAGAAGCUGAACAACUGAUUGCCGACUUUAUCAACACUUUGAGAAGAAACGACUUUACCAACGAAAAGCCUGGCAUGCCCAUGGGAAUGCCAAUUCCUGCAGCAGACUUUGCACCUGAGCCCGAACAAGUGUCUGAGGAGGAUAUCAAUAAAGUACUAGCAGCUCAGGAAAUCCUAGAACAAGCCGAUAAUGCUGCCGAAGAGAUGAAGAGUGAAGAUCAACCACAAAUUUUUGAGGCACAAUCUGCCAGUGAGGAAGAUAAAAGUGUUGACAACGAAGAGGAAACUAGACCCGAUGUAGAAGAAGAGAAAGAAACUUCGUUUUUGAAGUCCACUGAGGUUCAGGGUAUUAAUGCCGCCGAAGAAGAAGAGAAACCAGUGAUGCUGCCGGUCACAGUUCCUGAAUUGAUUAUGUCGCAUGUUCCCCAACAGAUUCCAGUUGAAAUUGUCGCCUCUCCUGUUGAAGACGAGCCACAACAGCAGGAGGAGCAAGAAAAUGCAAGCGAUAAUGUUGACUCCGAAAUGCCCGCCACAAAUGAAGAGGAACAGAACGAAAAGGAAGAACAAGCAGUGUUUAUGGGCGGUUAUAAGCCUUUGAGCAUUGAUGAUAUUGUUGAAUUGGUCAAGGAGCGUUUAGACCAAAAACCCAAGGAUGACAUGGAAACCCCAAUGCAAUUGGAACAAGUUUUGGGCGAAGCAAAGCCAAACGCUGAAGAACCAAGCGGUGUAGAAGAAUCCGAUUCAGCUGCUGAGCAGCAUGCCAAUGAAUCUCAGCAACAGUCCGAGGAAGAAAUCGUCAUGCCAAUAUAUCAUCGCUCAACUGAACCCCUUAAAGUGGACGCUGCGGUGCAGACCAAUAGCCAUGAGGAAUCAGCAGCUGCCGUUGAGGCUGCCGAGGCUCCCUCAACACAAGAUAAAUCCAAUCGUUCCUUAAGAUCUCGCAGUAUGUUAAACGCCAAAUUGGAUCCCCGCAAACGUCGUUUCCUCUUCAGGUCAGACGAGAGCUAAUUUAGUAAAUUCGCCCCUCAGAAUAGCCUGCCCAAGACUGUUCGCCUUUAAAAGCUGAGCCAUAAACCCCGCCCAAAAUCUUAUUAUUUUAGAUUUUUUUAAUAUUCGCUUUCCAUUUGAUGAUGCUGCCAGCUAUCGUCCUACUCUACAUUACCUUCCUUCCUCCUCUCUAUAUUUUUUAGCUGACAAAAAACAAAACGUUUAGGUUUUAGAAUCACAAACAUUCUCUCGCACGAUAUGUCUUCUAUGGAUGACAGGCAAAUCAGUUUUGUCUUUUGUUCCGCAUUGUGUUUUUUACUUUCCACCUUUUAAACAAAUGACAGGAACACACUUUUUUUGGUGUGCGUUUUCGUUUGUUUUGGAUUUAAAUUAAUUCAAAGUGUAUUUCUAUUCGUUCUAUUCAGAAUGGCAUAAAUUAUUUCGAAAUAUUAUUGAUUUUGUUUUGUUAUUUAUUUUGCGAUUUAAAAAAAUUUUAAUAAUAAUUUUUUAAUUGUAUGUCGAUUUUGUACUUAAAAUAAAAAUACGAAAAAUUA